AUCUACAUUGUCAUAGUCCAUAAAUACUAUUUAAGAGAUGAUGCUGCAGGAUUAAGAAUAAUUAAUAAAAUAUAAUAAUAAUUAUAUAACGUUAUAUAUAAUAUAACGUUUUAAUGAUCAUGUUUUAUCAUUUGUAGAAUAAUAUUUUUACAACUAUUAUAUUACCUUUUACAACCUAUCUAACUUGUUUUGGAAAACAAAAAAAAUUGUUAAACUUUCUUAUAAUUUAUAUUUUAUUCUCUUAAUAGACGAUUUUUGUACAUUAAUUUGUGUGUUGCAAGCUGCAAGUAAUGUAGAAAUAAGAAAAAUUUAUACAAUUUAUAUUUUCUUUUUCCAAGAAGUAUGUCGCCAACUGUGACAAUAUAAUAUAUGAUAGUACAGUAAAAAAGAAAAAAAAACAAGUCACAAUAAAUGAACGGAAUGCGUUAUGCAAGAUGGGCAGUCGACAAGAGAUGAAAUUAUCACCUUCAAUACAGAGGAAAUAAAGUGUAAUUUUAAGAGAGAGAGGGAGAGAAAGAUAGAGAGAGAAAGAGAAUUAUAAAAACUUUUAAUAGGCUAAGACGACACAGAUUACACUUGAUUGCACUUCAGAUUGUAGAAGAUCAAGUAUAAUCGAGAAAACAUGUCAGUAUGAGUAUAAUCGCAUCAUUUAUUCGAUUCUCAUCUUGCUUUUCUUUUUAUUUUUCUAUAUAAAAUUAAGGAACAUAACAAAGCUUUUUAAGGAGUGGCUAAAAGCGCAAUGAAAAACUUAUAUAAAUUUAUAAUUUAAAGUUAAACGUGUGUGUGUGUGUGUGUGUGUGUGUGUGUGUGUGUGUGUGUGUGUGUGUGUGUGUGUGUGUGUGUGUGUGUGUGUUGCAAUCAUAUUGCAUCACAUGUUUCGAGAUUGUCUUUCUUAAAUUAAUUGUUUACGAUCUUUUUGAUCUUCUUUCUUAUUCCUGAUUUCCAAUAACUGGUCUGCGUCUGAAAGAAUAGUUUGACUAUACUUGUUUGGAAUGUUUGAAUUAAUCGACCAUGAUAACAGCUGAUCCGGUAAUCUGGCAUUAUCGUCACGACUUUUGUAGAACAUCUAUUAUAUAAGAAAAUUUCGCGACCUCGGGGUCAGUUGCUAUCAGUUGCUCUCAGUCGUUCUUGAUCACCUUCAAAUUAUGUAACAUCAAGUUGCUCUGUUUAGAGUUGCUUGCUCUAAGAUCUAAGUAUUCGCGUUCGUGCUUUGGAAUUUAAGUGCACUUCAGUGAAACUGUUACUUGUAGUCCGCAGUAUAUAUUUACUGAUCGCGAACAAACCUAAUAACAGUUUCAACACAAAAGCUGGAUCAGCUUGUGUAUAUAACAGCACUAAAGGCAGAUCAGAAAAUUACAUGUAAAAUGAAGUAAAUUCCUCUAGAAUUCGACGGAGAUGACCUUACAGCUUGCACAGGCAAGCUUUUCCUCAGCUGGUUUCGAUACUUCCGCGAUUCCGAUAGCUUUCACGCUGCAAACUCGCAAUGCAUCCUGAAAUUCAAACCAGACUAAAGAAUGAGAUUCUUGAAGCGCUGAAUGAAUCCAACGGAAAUAUCACAUACGACAUGGUUGUAUCAAAUAUGUCGUACCUUGAGAUGAUGCUAUUUGAAGUUCUGAGGCUGUAUCCACCAUUGGGAUUCUUGAAUCGUUCCACAAUGAACAAUUACAAAACUGGCGUAGUAAUCGAGAAAGGUACGUCGAUUUACAUCCCAAUCCAUUACGAUCCGCAAUACUUCCCUGAUCCCUAUAAAUUUGAUUCGGAGCGAUUCAGCGAGGAGAACAAGCGCAACAUACCUUCAUGUGUUUACUACCCGUUUGAAGAAGGUCCGCAUGUACGCGUUUUGCAUUCUUGAUGAUGAAACUGAUGCUUGUAACAUUUUUGAGUAAGUAUGAAGUGACAUCGUGUACAAAAACCAAUGAUAAUCGAUCCGAAAAUAUCGAUAAUCUUGCUGUUAAACGGCAUAAUACACCUCAAUGUUCGUAAAGUUGUAUGACUGUAAAAUUGUAAGAAAUCCGUAGUAACUAAAUUUUAACGGAAUAAUUAUUAUUUAUCAAUCCGUAAAAUGUUUAUAAAUUAUUUAACGUUACAAAUGCACUUGCAAUUUAAUAAUGAACCUGUAGGAAUAAAACGUACAAAUUAUUACGAAUUAUUAUAAAAUAUGCACCUUUCAAUAACGAAUCUUUGUCAAAAUGAUAUACCUGCUGUGUAGAUCUAUUAUAAAAAUAAAAAUAUGUUUCCUCUGUAUUAUUUAUAAUACGGAGAAAGUUUCCGGUUAGUUUUCACGUGCUCGAGAGAAGUAAUGGAGAUACAAGAGUUCAACUUUUUGAACUCACUCAUCCUUAAUCCUUAAUGCUGUUAUUUACGUUAAAUUUACGUGUAUCUUGAUCGACUAUCGCUAAUCAUGAAAGAUAAUAAAGGAAGGAUUUUCUCACAUACAUUUUCUUGUCGCCACCGGGAAUGGAAUCGUUUUUCCUUUAUUUGUCGUUAUUGUAAAUAAUAUGUACGUGUAGGAGGCACAGAUUAGCAGCCAGUGAUGCACACGUUGAUGCAAUGUAUAUACAUAUACACAUAUACACAGGUAUAUGUAUAUAUAUUUAUUUUCAUUCGCUUACUCUCUCAUUUACAAAAAGACUCACGGUCGAUUGACGAGCGGGCGAUUCGCUCGCCGGACGAUCGAUCACGUGAAUCACUUAAAAUUAUGCUUCUAUAAUGUAUAACUACAACACACCUUGGAAUCAAAUGGAAUGAUAAAUACCAUAUAUCGAUAGUAUAUCCCAUAUAUACUGUUUCACGCGUACUUCGUGUUCAGUGACGGCGGGCUUUGCAUUAUGAUCGCGAUUAUUUUAAUUCGUAGAGUCGCAAAAACAAACUUUGCGCUUGUACAUCGUUGAUGAUUGUAUACGAACAAUUUUAAUGACUUAUUCUUGAAAUUUAGAUACUUUAAUAUUUUAUUUCCCAUACAGCACAGCAACUUUACAACAACGUUCCGGCAAGCUUUUAUGUUAUAUGAGUUCCUAGGAGAGAAUUUUAUUAUAUAUAUGGUCCACAUUUUGUCGUUUUCAAGAAUAUAUGUAUGUUUGCAAUCAGAAUGAUAUGCAUCGAAUUAAUAUUGAGUUAGCCAAAAAGUUCGGUUCGAUUUUUAAUAUCAAAACGCCGUAAUACACAUAAUAUAAGCAAUAAUGUUGGUAAUGUCUAUAUCAUAGACAAUAAUAUCUAAUCAUA